AUGCUAUUUGCUGUCCUCGUUGUUGCAGUUCUAUCAACUCCGUUCUAUAGCCCCCAUCUCCUGAAAUAUUUGAACAAGAAGGAAAACAAGCUCUGGGAGGCGGGAAUACCGGCUAAAUUCGCUAAUCGAACGCAUGAUGAAGUUACAAAGAUGUUCUUCCCCCAUGCGUUCCUUAGACCAAAUAUUCCCCGCUAUUAUGGCGUGAAUAUUACUGAGGAUGAUCUCUAUCCUCCGGCCGGCUCCCCUGACCGUCUUGACUAUCGCCAGACCCAUCCGGAGUGCUUUUUUGAACCGGAAGACCAGAAAGAAUGCUCCUGUUGCUAUGCAUUUGCAACCCUGGGCGCACUAUCUACACGUCGCUGCAUCGCAAAGCUUGAUCCCCAAGCUGUCUCUCUUUCCGUUCAGCACAUGGUCUCGUGUGACAGCGGCGAGGCCGGUUGUCAGGGAGGCGAGUUCGAAUCAUCCUGGGCUUUUCUCGAAACAGAGGGAGCAGUAAAAAGUGACUGUCUUCCCUACACCAGUGGCGAAACUGGUAAAUCAGGUGAGUGCCCCACGACGUGCCAGGAUGGAACCCCUGUCGAGAGCGCCUUCCAUUACAAAGCUGCCUCGGCCAGCCGUCUUAGCAACUACAAUGAGAUCAUGGUGUCCCUUCUUGCCGAUGGGCCAGUGCAAACGGGCUUCUACGUCCACGAGGACUUUCUAUAUUAUGUCGGUGGGAUCUAUCACAAGGUUUAUGGCACGAGCCUUGGUGGGCAUGCAGUUCUUAUUGUUGGCUAUGGAAGCAUGAACAAUCACGACUAUUGGAUUGUUCGUAAUUCUUGGGGGUCGGAUUGGGGUGAAAAUGGCUACUUCAGGAUACUCCGCGGAACAAACGAGUGUGGCAUUGAGAAGAAUGCGUGGCAGGUAGCAGUGAAGUAA